GCCGCCGCCCCUCCUCCCUUCUCCACUCCCUCCAUGGCGAGCCCCAGCACGACCCCCGCGACCAGCGGCCUGGAGGCGCGCGACAUGGCGCUGGCCAAGAACUCGCCGGAGCAGCUGGCCGAGCACCAGCGCGUGACGCAGGGCAAGGUGCGCACGCGCUUCCCGCCCGAGCCCAACGGCUACCUGCACGUGGGCCACGCCAAGUCGAUGAACAUGAACUUCUUCGAGGCCUUCGAGAAGCUGGGCGUGCCGCAGGACAAGCGCGAGACGUACUUCCGCUACGACGACACCAACCCGGAGGCCGAGAGCAACGAGUACAUCGACGCCAUCGCCAACAACGUGCACUGGCUGGGCUACACGCCCACCAAGGUCACGUACAGCAGCCAGUACUUCCAGGAGCUGUACGAGCUGGCGCUCAAGCUCAUCCGCAAGGGCAAGGCCUACGUGUGCCACCAGAGCAAGCCCGAGAUCGAGGCCUCGCGCGUCGUGCUGCAGCAGUUCCACGCCACGCCCGGCGCCAAGGACGAGAAGGACAACCUGGCCGAGUUCGAGAAGAUGCGCCUCGGCCUGUACGCCGAGGGCGCGGCCUGCCUGCGCAUGAAGAUGGAUCUCGGCAGUCCCAACCCCAACAUGUGGGACCACGUGGCCUACCGCAUCAAGUUCGUGCCGCACCCGCACAUCGGCGACAAGUGGUGCAUCUACCCCACGUACGACUACACGCACUGCAUCGUGGACGCGCUGGAGCACAUCGACUACUCCAUCUGCACGCUCGAGUUCGAGACGCGCCGCGAGUCGUACUACUGGCUGCUGCAUGAGCUCGACCUGUUCAAGCCCAAUGUGUACGAGUUCGCGCGGCUCUCCAUGACCUACACGGUGCUCAGCAAGCGCAAGCUGCUCAAGCUCGUGACGUCCAAGACCGUGCGCGGCUGGGACGACCCGCGCAUGGGCACGCUCAACGGCCUGCGUCGUCGCGGCUUCACGCCCGAGAUCAUCAAGCAGUUCUGCAAGGAGAUCGGCGUCACGCGCGUGCAGUCGACGAUCCAGAUCGAGCGCCUCUACUCGGUGGCUCGCAGCAUUCUGGGCGAGUCCUCCAAGCGCGUGAUGGCCGUGCUGGACCCCGUGGAGGUGGUCAUUGAGAACUUCGGCGAGGCCCCUGACAAGAGCGCGCUGUCGCUGCGCGUGCCGGACUACCCGCAGGACGUGGACCGCGACGGCGGCAAGGCCUACCACCAGGUGCAGCUCACGCAGAAGCUCUUCCUGGACCGGAGCGACGUGCGCGCGGAGGACUCGAAGGACUUCUACGGCGUGGCGCCCAACAAGCAGGUGCGUCUCAAGUACGCCUUCCCGUUCACGUGCACCAAGCUGGAGACGGAUGCCAGCGGCCGCGUGACCAAGGUCGUGGGCCAGAUGGACUGGACCAACUCGGCCAAGCCCAAGGGCGUGCUGUCGUGGGUGCCGGCGAACAGCCCGAAGGUGGAGGUGCGCGUGUACUUGCACCUGUUCACGGUGCCGGAGCUGCCGAGCGACGUCAAGGACUGGGAGUCGUUCGUGGACUCGAAGAACUCGGAGCGCGUGUACGCCUCGGCGCUCGUGGACCCGGAGUCGUACGCCAAGAACCUGGGCGAGAUCGUGCAGUUCGAGCGCAUCGGCUACUUCGUGCCGGACCAGGACUCGACCAAGAACAAGAAGGUGCUCAACCAGAUCGUGGCGCUGCGCGAGAGCGGUGGCGAGACGGCCAGCGGCGCAGCCGCGUCGGGCGCCAACGCCAGCCGCAAGGACGCGCAGAUGCAGCAGCUGGUGCUCAAGAUGGAGAAGAUGAAGCUGUCGCCCGCCGACAUGUUCAAGAAGCAGCCGGAGCUCUACUCGCAGUUCGACGCGGAGGGUCUGCCGACGCACAACGCCGCCGGCGAGGAGCUGACCAAGAACCAGCGCAAGAAGCUCAAGAAGGAGCAGGACAAGCAGAAGAAGCUGCACGACGCCUACCUGGCCAAGGAGAAGGCGUAA